AUGACUAAAUCCAAGCCUCGUAAGAACAGCGGCCAGGGCCCAAACUCCCCUACUAGCCCAUCAAGCACCACCGAUCCGAAUAUCAAGCAAGUCCUGCCAGGUCAAACCUCGUCAGCUACGCAUGCCUCGGUGGCAGCUCCAUCACAACCCAUUGGACUAACUCCAUCGCAUACACUUCCCCCGCCGCCUACCGGCUUCACACAAGAUGUUGCCCUAUUGUCAUUGAUACAGUCGCUUCCAGCUGAUCUUCGUGUCUUUCUCGACCCCAACUACGAAGAAAAGUAUAACAAAAUCACAAAGGUUCUGUUCUAUCGAAUUUUACUACACUUCGACCCUGCAACCUCCAGUCGUCCAUCCCACCGCAAACCGGAGCUCAAUGCAGCAUUCAAGGAGAAGUUACUCCCCCGUCUCCUCCCUUUCUUGACUAGGCAACCUUCUGCUCCCAUGGAUACCGACGAUGAUCCUAACACCGACUUCAACCCUUUGGCACGCAAAACCACGCGCAAGAUGCUGACCGAGGCUAUCAAACGCAAAGUUCCAAGCAUACACAUACCAGCGGCAGCUCGGCGUGAUGGUUUGCUUGUACUCUAUAAGCAGCACGUUGACAAGGAUCUAGUUCUUCCAGGUGAAAUUGGUACCAUCCGGAAGCCUCACCUCAUCAAACCUAAUGCGGUCGAGAAUCAAGACAUGGAAGAUCUUCGAUUGGCCAUUCAGUGCCACGCGCCAACCGUCUUUGUACAUACCAUCCCAAUGACUCACAAAGUUCUAGUCAAUUGUUACAUGCACUUUGUUCACGGGGUGAAACUGGAUCCUGGUACUUUAUUUUGUCGCAACGUGUGUAGUGAAACACAAGUCAAUCGAAUCAUUGGUUGGUGCAAAUGCGUAGAUGCUUUCAGUAUGCACCCGAGGUUUCAUCUUCUUAUGUUUCAAAAAACACAUGGUCAAUCUCUUCAUGAAACGGUAUGUGGUAGGGACGGUGUUUUUGUAGUUGUAGCUACUGUAGUCUUAGAUGCAGCUUAG